AUGAGGAAGAAAGAAAUGGAAGAGAGGAGAGAGAGGAGGAUAAUCAUGUUCCCUUUACCAUUGACCGGACACUUGAACCCUAUGAUCGAGCUCGCCGGAAUAUUCCACCACCGUGGCUUCUCCGUCACGAUCCUCCACACUUCUUUCAACUCUCCCGAUCCAUCUCGCCACCCACGCUUCACUUUCCGAACCAUCCAUCACAACAAAGAAGGAGAAGAACAGGACCCUCUGUCUCAACAAGAGGUUCGGGCUAUGGACCUCUUCGCCCUCAUUCGUGUGAUGAAACAAAGUUACGCCGAGCCGUUUCAGGUUGGAGUUCCAAGAGUGGUGUUGAGGACUACUAGUGUGGCCUCGGUUUGUGCUUUUGCCGCUUUCCCUCUACUUAGAGAGAAGGGUUACCUUCCUAUACAAGAUUAUACGUUAGAUGAUCCAGUGAUAGAGCUUCCACCUUUGAAAGUCAAGGAUCUUCCGGUAAUAGAAACAAAGGACCCGGAGGAACUAUACCGAAUAAUGAAAGAUAUGGUGGAAGGAGCUAAGUCUUCUUCAGGAGUCAUAUGGAACACAUUCGAAGAUCUUGAAAGACUCCAACUCAUUGAUUUGAGCCGCAACUUCCAAGUUCCCUUCUUCCCAAUCGGACCAUUUCACAAAUAUAGCGAGGAUCUUCCAUCGACAAAAAAUAACAAAGAAGACUAUGCAAUAACCGAUUGGCUCGACAAGCAAGAGCCAAAGUCAGUGGUCUAUGCGAGUUUUGGUAGCCUUGCUGCUAUAGAAGAGAAGGAGUUUCUUGAGAUUGCUUGGGGACUAAGAAACAGCGAACAACCAUUCUUGUGGGUGGUUAGGCCGGGGUUGGUCCGAGGGGUCGAGUGGCUGCCUUGCGGGUUUAUGGAAAACAUUGGACAGAAGGGGAAAAUUGUGAAAUGGGCGAAUCAAUUAGAGGUAUUGGCGCAUCCCUCUCUUGGAGCAUUUUGGACGCAUUGUGGGUGGAAUUCGACGCUAGAGAGCAUAUGUGAAGGCAUUCCAAUGAUAUGUACACCAUGUUUCACGGAUCAGCGUGUGAGCGCGAGGUACAUUGUCAGAUGUAUGGCGAGUUGGGAUAAUGUUGGAACGAAGUAA